AUGGACAUACCUCUACCGCCUAAUGAUAUCGAACUGCGGAACAUUAUUGACAAACUUGCCGACUUCGUGGCCCGAAAUGGUCCAGAGUUUGAGUUGAUGACAAAGUCGAAGCAAAAGGGUAAUCCCAAGUUUGCAUUUCUCUACGGUGGCGAGUACUACAAUUACUAUCAAUACAAAGUGAUUACAAGACAAGCGAUGAUGAAGCAGCAACAGCAUCAACCACAACCGAACAUGUCGUUGCCUUCCUUGAUGGGGCAACCUUUUCCUCCCAUGUUACCAGGAUUUGCACAGCAGCCACCACCAAUGCAGCAGCAGCAACAACAGCAACAACAACAGCAACAGUUGCAUCAGCAUCACCAGCAGCAAUCACAAUCCCAGCCUCCUCCAAAAUUGCCACCGGCUUCGAACGCGCCAGGUGGCACUUCCAAUGCCAUGCCGCAGAUCUGGUCCAACCCCCCGCCGCUGAAUGCCGGGCCACCAAACGCAGUCGUUCCGAUGGCUCCCAGCAAUCACAACAGUCAACUGACAGCCCAGCUGGAAGCGCUUACCAAGCAACAGCACGCUCUGAGCGAACAGAUACGCCAAUCGGAAAUGAAUCUCACUGCACAGCAUGGGGUUUUACUUCAGCAACAACAGGUGCAAAUAGAUGAAGCCCUAACGCGAGCACAAGAGGAACUGCUGAUUGCGAUGGCAAAAGAGAACAACAUUUCGCUGCUCGAGUUUGACAGCAGGCUGCAGCCCAUUAUCGAUUCCUGCACCAAGGACAGUAUCUCUAAUGGAAAAGGCUGGAUUUUACAGCAUUGUACCGAUUCGGGAAAAUGUCAAAUUAUUUCGCAGUAUCUUUUGAGAAAGGCGUUAGUAGCUGGAGUUUUAUUUACGCAAAAAUUGCACCUGAUAUAUUUAGUAAAUGAUGUUAUACAUCAUUGUAGCAACUCUUUCAGCAUCCGGAAAAACGCUGAGGAGCUGAAAAAGUGUCUGGAAAGUGCGGUGAUACCGAUGUUUUGCAAUGCCCAAAUCACCGCCAACGAGGAACAGAGAGUGAAGCUCACCAAACUGCUGUCCUUGUGGGAAUCCAAAGGAAACUUCUUCGACGCGUGCGUAAUAUCGAAGCUGAAGUCUCCACCGUCGUCGUUGCAAGAGUAUCAAACGAGUAUUCUGUCGCAGCACGCUAACGUCGUAGCAGCCGUUACGCAAGCGACGAAGACCACUUUCGAGAACUACCAACAACAGCACCAGGCCUUUGUGCAACACGCCACCCAGCAAAUAGCACUGCUGGAAAAGCAAAAACAGCAACAACUCGAACAGCAUGCGCGCCAACAGACCGGCGGUCACGGUGGUCUGCCGCAAGCGCCGCCUCCACCGCUACUGCCCGAGCUAAUGGCUGCCGUUGUCGGAGCCGGAGCCGGGUCCAACGGAGGGGUACUUGUCGGUCCCGGUGGUGCACCACCCGGGUCAGCGACCGUACCUUCGCAACUAGCAAUGGGCGACCGAGGUGGAAACGGUUCGACCGGUGGACAGAUUCCCUCGCUGCUCGAUCAGAACAUUAAUUUUGGAUUGCUGUCGGCUGCACUGCAAAAACUGAAAAACAUCCAGGACAACGGUCAACCGGCCAGCGGGCAGCAAAGCAAUAUUCCUCCGCCACCACCGUCCGGUCGGGAUCCGGAAGCAGCCGGUGGUUUUUCACAACCACCACCUAACUUUCCCAUCCCCGAUUUGUCACGUCCUCCGCCCAACUUUCAAUACAAUGCCUCCAACCAGCCUUCACUGGGUGUUUGUGAAGGCCCACCACUUGGCAACAACGGCGAUCAGCAACAGCAUCAUCAGCUAGGCGACGGGCGUGACGAUGGAAGUCUGCUGCAGAUGAGCGACGAUCAGCACGAUCAUGAUCGCGAUUUGCCCGAUCAUCAGCGAUCGGGAGAAGAGUUGGACGGUCGAUGCGAGCAGCAGGAAGGUUCCGACAAUGGUUCUAAGCCCACGGCAGCGGCCGCACCAGCACCGUUGCCGUAUUUCGAGUUGCCGGCUGGACUGAUGGUGCCACUGAUUCGCCUCGAAGACUUCAGCUACCAUCCGCUUAAUCCGGACGAUAUUCGCCUUCCACCACCAACGCCGACCAACGAUCGGUUGGUCAGCGCAGUCGAAGCAUUUUUCGCGCCUCCAAGCCACGAGCGGCCACGCGAUGGGGAAGGUUGGGAGAAGCUAGCACUCUACGAGUACUUCAAGGUGAAGAACGCAUCGCGCAAGCAGAAGGACGAUGAAAUCGAUCGAGGUGUGCGUGAUCGCUCCCGCUCACCCUCCCCGAUCGAUCCCGAUCUGCUGAAGGUGACGAAGAAGCAAAAGAAGCGUGUCUAUCGUUCGAAAAGCCGGUCGCGAUCACGAUCGCCAGCCGAUAAUGGCCACCCCGCCGGCAUGGUGGCAAGCGGAGGUGGUGCUAGCGGAGGUAAUGGUCGGACCCAUCAACGCCAUCACCGGAAUCAUCGUUCGCGCAGCAAAUCACGGUCUCGUUCCCGGUCACCACGGUCUCCCUCGCGGCGUUCACCUCCUGCCGUCGUUUCGCAGCCAUCGGCGGGGCGGCGGGUUCACAGUCGUUCUCCUCCAGCAAGACGCGCCGGCGGCGCUGGUGGCGGCGGCGGCGGGGGCGGUGCGGCCGGCGGUGUUACUGAUCGUGACCGUGAUCGUGGCCGCGACACUAGACGAUCACCGACACCACCAAGCUUCGCGAGUGGUGGCUUCAUGAAGGCCACGAGCAGCUUCCUUGAAGAGAGUUCCACGAAACCCGUUGCCGGUGGUCAUCAUACUCAUCAUCUUAUGAAAGGCGGCGGUGGCGGGGGUGGAGCAAUGGGAGGCGGUGGAAUGGGUGGCGGCGAUCGGAUAGGGCUGGGGGCAACAAUAGAACCGUUACGACACGAGCAACACAAUCCAGCCGAUCCCUACGAAAGUUUCCGCCGGAACAAGGGGGCCGCCUUUAUUACGCGUAUGAAGGCAAGGGCAGACGAGCGAAACUAAAACCGUCAACUGAAAGGGCGAUGCAGGGAGGUAACAGUUUUAAAUCUUCUUCUACUUAGUUUCACGCCACCUUUGCGCCGCUCCAUAACCUUAAGUGAGCUUUCAGUCGAAAGAAGAGUCGUAAACAAACUUUUAGUAACAU